CAGAAAUAUGGGUUAUCUGAUUUAUGAUUUUGUGCAACAAAGCUCAAUUUUCUCUCUCGAGUGCUCCUUGAACAGUCGUGUUGAACGGCAGAGGCUGUAACCACAAGGCAAUCAAUGAAUGUCGCUCACGCAUCGCAUUAUACUCCACACAAUAGCCGCUGAUUUGCGCGCAGUUUUUGGCGCUGUACUGCCCGGCGCGAGGACGCGUCUGCUGCUGCUACUAUGACAACAGCGCGCGCUUUUUCCAACUUGUGCGUGAUCAACAGCCCAGCAGGCUAUAAAAGACAAUCGAGCAACGGACCCACUGGACGGAGACUUUAUUUUCUUAUUUUCUUUUCUUUGGGAAGACUGUGUAUACUCAUACUGUACUGCACUGAGGAACCACAAACACCCUCCAUAUCUUGGCAGGUUCAUUCACAAUCGACUUCUCAAAGUUUGGGACAGCGGGUCAGUGAGAGAAAAAGGUGGAUUUUCAGUUAGGAUAUUAAAGGCAAUAGGACAUAAGAAACGAGAACGAUUGAGGGCACCACUAAAGUAUACAUUUCAUUUAUUUAAUUUUACGCUCAUUUCCAUGGCGACGGCACGGCGCGGUCAUCUAUAAGCGCUCUGUCCGCGAGGGAUUUUGUUGUCUACCUGGGGAGGAAAUCUGGAUUAACACAUCUGAACUGUAAUGGCUAACUAACGCGUUUCUCUUUUGGACUACUGUGAACGGAUUUCCAGUCCGCAGAUGAAGAUGGUUGUGUGUGGAUACUGCGCGGCGUCCUGGAGGAGGUGUGUGGUGAUGAGUCUCAGACUGCUGUUCCUUCUCCCCGCAGGUCUGCCUGUCCGCAGUCAGGGAGAAUCCCAAUCCGAUAACAAACAGAUGGACAAUAUCACCAUCAGACAAGGAGAGACGCUCUUCCUCAGUUGCUCACAAGGGGACUUUGUGACACACACAGCGUGGCUGAACAGAUCAAGUAUACUGUAUGCCGGAGAGGAUAAGUGGUCCGUGGACCCCCGGGUGAGUUUGGUUACUCUGAACCAGGAUGAGUUCACCAUCAAAAUUGAGGAUGUGGACUUGACGGACGAGGGCCAAUACAUCUGUGCGGUGCAGACUAGCAGUAGGCCCCGAACCACAUCCGUGCACAUCAUCGUUCAAGUUCCUCCAAAGAUCCUGAACCUGUCAAAGGACCUUGUGGUGAAUGAAGGCUCCAACGUAAUAUUAAUGUGCCUGGCUAACGGAAAACCAGAACCUGCCAUUGGCUGGAGUAUGUUAUCACCUUCAGAUGACAGCCUAAGCUCAGACAGCGAGAUUCUGGAGAUUCCCUUCAUCAGCAGAAAUAGAGCAGGAGUGUAUGAAUGCACCGCAGCCAACGAAAUUGCAGUGGACACACAGACUGUUGAACUCACAGUCAACUACCCUCCCAGUGUUUCAGAUGGCAGAGAUGUUGGUGUGACCCUGGGUCAGAGAGGUGUCCUGCAGUGUGAGGCAGAUGCUGUACCCGACGCAGAUUUUGAGUGGUACAGAGAUGACAGGAGGAUCUUCAAUGGCUUUUAUGGCAUUGAGAUUGAGGAUGCCGGUGCAUUUUCAAAGCUGACUUUCUUCAACGUGUCCGAGGCAGACUAUGGCAAUUACACCUGCGUUGCUAUCAACAAACUUGGCAAACACAACAAAAAUUUUGUUGAUGUAGAAAUAAUCGAACCCACUAGUUCGACGCUAUUGCAAGUGGAGACGGCUUCAGUUUUAGAAAUGACUUCAUCCGAUUUUGCGCAAACAGCCUUUGAAAACAAUGAUUUGUUGGAAGGACCCGGAGCAGUUCAGGAUGGCAACAGCGGCACGUCAACGGUCUUCACACCCACUUGUCUACUUCUCAUCAUACUUCUACAACUAUUGCUCAAGUUUUGAUGCCGAAGAUGUUUACAGUGGAUAAAAAUCACAGUUUGUGUGACAUCACUCUCAUCCUGGAGUCACAAAUUGUGCAUGGGUUACCGAAAAUGCGCAAAAAAGUACUUAUUUUUAAUAAAGUAAUCAUGCAGUUCUUUUGUUUAUAACAGAGUUUAAUAAUGUAACUCGUCUUACAUUGCUAAUUAUCGCACUGUUUGGCCCCACUGAAUACAGUUUUUGAAUCCAUAAAAUGCAAAUGACAGAGGUGUGUUUAAUUUUAAAUAUUUAUUUUUGUGACUCUCAUUUUAAUUUAACUCUGUAACCACUUAAGAAUUUAUAUAGAAUACAGUGCGACUGGGGAGUAAUUAUUUCAAGUCAAAGGCAUGCGAUAAGAAAGGGCAUAUGUGUCAGUCUUUUUUUUUUGGAGGAUUGUUGUUAUAUACUUUACUGUAUCAUAACUGUACAGCUGAUCAAAAUAAGCAGCACAAAAGACACAAAGCUGUUUUAGCUCUGUAAUAUUCGCAUGUUUUUUUUUUUUUUUUUUUUUUUUUUUUUUUGAGUACAUCUAAGCUAAAUUUUACCAUUUAACACACACAAAACAAUGCGGUACAUAUCAGUAUUUUUAUUUUGAUAUUAUUUUGAUGACCAGAAUGGCACAGUCACCAUAUAAAAGCUCUAUAAAUGGAUUUAUUUACACCAUAAAGUAAUAAAUCAGAUGGUGGAAUCAUUUAAUGAAAUGACAAUGUAUGAAUCAAAGUUGGAAAAAGUUGCAUUUGGAGAUUUGUUUUGGGUGUAAUGCUAAAGUAUAGGAUCCAAUUUAAAAGCCCGAAGAGCAUCUGCUAAUAUUUAUUGAUUUGUAUUUUUGUUACCACAAUAGUUUUUUCAAAUGGCUAUUUGUUGAAUUCUGUCCAGAUUUUGAGUUACACAAACCAAACCAGGCGCUUCAAAUGUUCAUUUAAACACUCUCAUCGCCAUUUCUGCUAACAUCUCUAUGUGUAUAUGCAUAUAUAUAUAACUUGUACAAAGGGAAAAUAUGCACACUUGUUUUUACUAAAAUUGUGAACCUGUUUAAUACAAUGCAGCAUUUUCUAUUUUUUGUUAUUCCCUUUUUCUGAAGCUGUGUAAUUUAUUUCUCAAAUGGUAUUAUGGUAGAUACCAGCUCAUUGCAGUUACUCAUUGUGAACUCUGAUGUCUAAAUAUUGUGCUUUCGGAAAAAGCUGAUGAGACUCAUUUGCCCAUCAUCAUCUCAUCAUGAGAAAAUGUCAUGCUAUCCUCUGUAUUCUGGGAAAAAAAGAGAGAUUUGAUUAGAAGUUCAGUUUCUGAAUCUUCAUCACAAUGUUAAGGUGCUGUUGGACCCUAAAAUACAUAUUACAGUUUUGUUCCGUUUUGUUGCAACAUUUGACAGGAUGUAUGCCUAACGUUUCCAUUUGUUUUUUUGUUUUUCAUUUGAAGGAAAAGUUCUGCCAAAAAUUAAAACUGUCAUCAUUUAUUCACCCGCAUGCUUUUCCAAAGAAUAAACAAAACAAAACACAAAAUUCUGAAAACAGAAACAAGUAUUCCUUGUAGAUUUCAGUUAUUCUGCUAAAGUAUCAGGCCUCAGAUGACUUGAAAUGUAGUGCACAAGUCAUACUGGCCACUUUUAUGAUGUUUUCUUGUCAUUUUUGUUGCUCAACAGCAUCUGUCAUUUAGGUAAAAUAACUAUUAAGACAUUCCCCAGUACAUAAUUUGUGAUUUAUGAAAGAAAAGAUGAAAAAAUCAUGCAGGUUUUGAAAUGACUUGAAGGGGCAGUAAAUGAUGGUAGUUUUCAUUUUUUGUAUGAACAGUCCCUUUAAAUAUCAUGUUUUUAAAACCACGUCAGACAGAAAUGAAUCUACCAUUAGUCCGUGGAUUUUAAGCACAAGUUGUAUGUUAAUGAAAGGGAAUGUGAUUUAUGUGCAGUGUGUUUUCUUGCCCCAAAGUUGUAUUGUUUAGCACUGACAUUUCUUUUUAUCUUUUUGUAUUUUCUUUAAGAUAUAGGGACAGUUCACACGUUUCAUAAAUAGGCAGAUCAUGAAUCAGAAAUCCACGUUUAUGGCAGUACUUUAAAAUCACAAAUUUAAAAAGCAUCUCCUGAUAAUUAAUGUAUGUGUGGAAAAGGUUUUGGAUCAAAGAGAGAUCGAUCAAUCAACGCACUGUAUUAACAGAAACACAAGGCUUGUCUGUUCAUGGCUGUAAUUCAAUUCACACGUCCAACUUGGUGAGAAGAAUUGACUAAGGAUCCCACCACCCAACCUUUAAAAGAACCAGCCUGGAGAAGUUCAUUUUGUUCCACUGAUCUCUGGUGGUUCCCUGGAGAAAUAUUUUAACUCCUUGUAUUGUAAAGAAUUAGUUUUUCCUUUAAUGGAGAUGGUGUGUUCAUAUUUAAGACUUACUGUACAAUAAUAAAAUGUUGUAUCUAAAUAGA